AUGACGAACCCGGCACCACCAGAAGCUGACGAAAAGCUGCUGGCGGAGCUGUUCACCCACGGACUCGCUUCCGUCGACGUCGCCGAGACGGAUCCCGAAGCGACAGAGGAAGCGAUCAAGCGAUACCGCAAGCUCUUGCGAGUCCUCGUCGACUACUGCGUUCUGCGACCACUGUCCGACAAGACGAGAACGGAGCCUCUCGAGGAGAAGGUGCUCGAGCAAGCAAGGCUCUCGCUCAACGUCGUCGCCAGACAUUCCGCUGCUUGCCCAGACGUCUUGCUAUUCGAAUCGGACGACAUCGAUACACCGGGGCCCUUCUACGCGUGGCUCAUCACGAGGAUCCUAACUGCCGCUGUGGGCUAUGAGGAUCUUCCUGGAGGAGGGCUUCUUGUCAAGGAGUUAGAGAAGUGCAUCGACCAUGUUUUCGUCGUUCUUGAGCGCGAUCUCGGAGACAGCGCCUCCAGCAUGAUCGGCCCGCACAGAGUUACCAAGAUCAUGAACGAGAUGGUAUCGUAUGCCAGGGCUGCGCUCGGCGGUAGUGAAGUGCGCCAUGCCCUCUCCAGAGCUGUGACGACCGUCGUAGAGCUGCCAGAGGAUGGUGAGCGGCUGGAAUCGGCCAUCGUCAGCCUGCUGAAAGCCGUAGAGGAGAGCGGGGACUUGUCCCUGCGCAGGGAUGUCUGGUGGGCGCUUCGAGAAAGCGGUGUAGACACCAUCGCGCUCGACAGCAAGGUCACUCAGCAGAAGGUGCUCUUUCUCCUCGGCCCAAUUGCGAAUCACGUUCAUGAAGGUGGCAUAGAGGCAGCUAUUGAGCGAGAGGUGCUUGAACAUUGGAGCCAACAGGCCACAUCUCGAAACCUACUGGACGUUCGAGAACGCCUGAAGCGAUUUAUGAAAGUACCUCCGCCGAUAUCGCUGAAGCGUAAACGCGAUGAUAACCCCGUUGAGGCGAGCAUCAUGGCCAUUCUCAAAGGAAAGAUGCCGGAUCUCAGAAUAGAAGGCGACAUUCUCGACUCCUUCCCUGGAAUACUCGAAAAAAGUGCGGCGCAGACUCUUUCUCAGUCUUGGGCUCAGAUCCUGUGGAGGUCGGGAAAGGCCAUGUCCUCACCGGAGCGACGAACGCGCAUCGCAGCUGGGUAUGUGUCGCUGAUUGUGCAUGUCGCUAACGUCAGAACGCUAGUCUCAGCAAUCUACAAGGAGCUCGUCAGCUCUGAUCAGCCCCAGUACAAAAGUUUGAUUCAGCGUGAGAUCAUUGGGAGAUUUCCGACACUCCUAAAGGGUCCUCUUCGCGUACAGGAGACAGCUCUGAACUUGCUAGGGGACCUGGGUCGCGGCUCCCCGGACAGGGAGCUCGGUGACAUCUUGGAGAUCCUCAUCCGACAGCUGGGAUCAACCAGCACCAUCAUCCGGAGCAUUGCCUACACGCAACUUGUCGGCAUUGCGUCGUUCCGGAGGAAGCAGCCCUACAACCUCAUUUCGCCUUACAUGGAGCGCAUCAGUGUGCUACUCGCCGAGUGCAUUGUUCCGCAGCCGAUGGUGGUCGCGGAAAUGAUGCAGUUCAUCGGCUACAACCGGGCGACCUUCUUCGCCCUCGAUGCUGCCCGGAAGGCUGUCAUUCCGACGCUGAUCCUACUCCAGAACCGACCUGCCCUCGAAGCUCUGGAGUCUAUCUUGAACCAGAGACUCGGCGUUCUCAUCGUGGAGGAGGGCGCUGAUGUGCUGGCCAAGAUCUUCCUCACGCCAGAGCGAACGCAGUCCAGCCUGAGCUUCGUCACCACUCUAUUGGGCGAGGCCACCAACAACAAAAGCCCUCCACAGGCCAUCUUGAGCAAGUACAUCCAGGCUUCCAUUGUGCCGCUGCUCGUCAAGAUUGUCGUGGAGUUGGGCGACAAGGACAAAGCCCGGCGUGAUGUGGCGGACCGAGCACUGAACGCACUGCAAGCUGCUGAGAAGAAGCAGUGUGACGACCUGGGCUCCUAUCUCAAGCCACACAUGCUGGGAGUGCUCGCGUCCUUGACCGAGAAUCUCAUGACUCCCCGUACGCCCAUCGAACACCGUAUCAAGACUAUCUGCAGUAUCGGAUUUCUAAUCGAGCUGGUCGGAGACUCGAUGGCAUCGUUCUCCCCGCAGAUCAUUGCGAGCCUGCAAAGUACACUCGAGAUCCCGGGACUUCGCCUUCCGACUCUGCAGACUUGGUGCAAGUAUGUGGAGCUGCUUCGCUUUACCGCUGUGGGGCCCUACAUCGGGGCCACAAUUGCAGCCAUCGUCGCCAACUGGAGCAACCUCGACCCGGCUGAGCGCGAACAAGCAAAACUGAUUGUCGGUCACAUAGCCGGCAACGCUACCCACCUGGCUGAGUUCCGAGACGACAUCAUUCGGUUUGGCCACAUUGAAGAGCUGGCAAACUACAACCGCAUCCUUCUCGACUACCGCAAGAGCUGGUCAAUCGCUGAGCAGCUCGAAAAGCUCAUCGAGCGCACUGACAGCAAGAACAUCGCCAUCGCGACGGAGUCAAUGAGGGAACUGAGGAACCUUCUGAAGGAGAGGCAUUCGGAUGUCAUGCAGCUCGCCCAGGGUGACGCUUUCGAACCUGUUUUGGGGCAGACCGUGCGAUCUCUCUUGGCCGCUGCGACACGCUCGGCCGACUGCGAGGAGCUGCGCGAUCUCGCAUAUGAGUGCUUCGGCGUCAUCGGUGCCCUCGACCCGGACCGCUUUGCGACUGGAGGAGAGGAGAAGUCCAUACUGAUCGAAUCCAACUUCACUGAAGCGGAGGAAUCAGUAGAUUUCGCUCUUAACUUGAUCAAAGAUCUUUUGGCGGACGCGUUCAGGUCAACGAAUGACCCUAAACAUCAGAACCACCUCGCGUUCGCCAUCCAGGAGCUAAUGAGGUUCUGCGGUUUCGACUCUCGCCUCGUCAAGGGUGGUAAUGUUCCUUCGAAAGUGCAGCGUCGAUGGAAGAAGCUUCCGGAAGACGUUCUCAAGACUGUUAAUCCUCUUUUGGACGCGCAAUUCAAGCAGAACCAGAUCAAGACGAGGACAUUCGAAUAUCCCAUCUACUCAACCAAAAAGACGUACCGGGAGUGGAUCCAGGUUUGGACGGUCGACCUCAUCGGGCGCGUAAUGGAGGUGAAGCACGAGGGUGAGACAAAUCAUGCUCAAAAGAUUUUCGGCGUGUUCCUCAGCGAACCGAAGAACCAAGACGUGGCGGUCGCGCACCACCUCCUGCCGCAUUUGGUUCUGCACGUCCUCUUAUCGGGCAAUGCUAUUGCGAGGGAGCAGAUCCGCGAGGAGAUAUGGGAUGUGCUCCGUGACCAGGUCAGCCCGGCUCCUGAAAGUACUCCGGAAAAGCGCAUGCUGUCGGCCCAGGUCAUCUUCCAGCUGAUGGACCAUCUCUCCAGAUCCCUCCGCCAAUCCCGGGACUCUGACAAAGAGCGCCGCUCGGCAGUGUACGCCGUAGACCAGCUUAUUUCAUCUAUCGACAAGGAGCUUAUGGCCAACGCGGCCAUGAAGUCUCGGGCUUAUGCUCGGUCGCUCCGCAGUUUCGAGGAGCGCGUGAUUCAUCUGCGGACGCGCGAACAUAAGGCAAACAAGGACCUCCAGACGUACUUUGAGAGUCUGCACGAGAUUUAUGCCGAGCUCGACGAGCCAGACGGAAUGGAGGGUGUCUCGGCGUUUGUUGUUGCCCCCAGUCUUGAGCUCCAGAUUCGUGAGCACGAGAGUACCGGUCGCUGGACAUCGGCGCAGAGUUGCUGGGAAGUCAGGCUGCAACAGUCGCCCGAGGACCUCAAAUUACACGUCGGACUGCUCAAGUGUCUCAAGAAUCUCGGCCAUUACGGCGUGUUGCGAGAUCACCCCGACUGGGCAGAGGAGCUCGCGCCCUUCCGGGCCGAAGCUGCCCUGGCCAUCGGUGACUGGGCGACUGUCAAGGACAUGGCAAACCCCCCGCCAAUUGCCAAGGCCUUCCUGGCUAUCGGAGAAGGGGCUUCUGCAGUUCCUGAAGCUGUCAAGAUUGCUCGACGGGAGAUCGGUUCCGGCAUCACAACGCGCGACUACGGCCGAGCUUACGACACCAUCCUCCAGCUGCACAUGUUGAGGGAGGCUGAAAUGAUCCACAACACGGACCUCAUGAUUACCCACCCCAACAGCGAGGUGACGACCAAUGGUACCGUCAUUGCUCGUCGCCAGGCUGCCUCACUCGUGUCAUCGCUGGCGCAAAGGUUCGAAACAUCGCUUCCGUCAUUCCGAGCCCGUGAGGAGAUCCUCAGCAAGCGGCGCACUGCAUUCCGACUGGUUAAGUCCCAGCGGCUGCAGGGAGAAUUGGGUCAAGCGUGGAUCCAGAGCGCCAAGAUCGCACGCAAGGCCGGAUACGAGCAGACGGCUUACAGUGCCGCCCUUCAAGCCGAACGAGCCGAGGCGCCAUUCGCGUUCAUCCAGCGUGCCAAGGUUACACGCAUGCAGGGAGGCAUUCUGAAGGCUCUGCGAGAGAUUGAACACCCUGUUCAGGACUUGGUCAUCCGUUCCGAAAACGCGGACUCUGUCAUCGACCUCACAUUAGACAGCGGUGACAGCAAGAAGACGCAAGAGGACUUCCGACGAGAGCGAAAUCUCGCGAAGGCCGUGCUGCUCGAGGCACGAUGGCAGAAUGAGGCAGAUCGCUUCGAGCAAAACGGUGUCAUCCGGCGAUUCAAGAAGGCGACUCAGCUGGGUGAAAACCUUGAGGCGCCGUUCUUCCAUCUCGGUCGAUACUACGACACAUUGGCCGGCAGCACGUCCAAUGUUGAGGAUAUUAAGACCAUUGAAAAGAUGGUAGUCGACAUCACAAAAUUGAUGGACCGCUCCAGAGGGAAGGUCAUGAGUUACCAAUACCUCACAGCGUUCCCUCAGAUGAUUUCUCGUAUCACCCACGGAAAUAAGGAAGUCCAAGAGGUGCUCGUGAAGCUCAUCUACCGCGUGAUCCGAGAUUAUCCUGCUCAGUCCCUUUGGCCCGCAGUUGGCGCCAUCCAGUCCAGGAACAAGCAACGAAGGGAUAUCAUGGAUCAAGCUCUCAAGAAGGCCAUUGAACUGAGGGACCGCAUCAACGAUGCCCGACGACUCUCCGACAUCUUGCUGCGACUGGCCGAGGACAAGCCCGUGGCCAAGGUCCGGCAGGUAUCUCUCAGCAAGCAGUACCCCUACGUCCGCGAGGCCUUCCCGUCCCGCAUGAUUCUGCCGAUGCAGGAUGUGCUCACGGUCUUGCUGCCUGCCACUGGAGCUUCGAUCAAGGGCCACAAUCCUUUCCCUCAGACAGCCGUCACGAUUGAAGAUAUCUCGGACACCGUGGAGAUCAUGCCGUCGCUGCAGAUGCCAAAGAAGCUCGUCUUCAAGGGAUCCGAUGGCAAGCGCUAUCCCUUCCUGUGCAAGCCCCACGAUGACCUGCGAAAGGACGCUCGUCUCAUGGACUUUGACGCCAUGAUCAACAAGUUCCUCAAGUCGGGUUCUGAAGCCCGUCGUCGCCAUCUUUACAUCCGCACCUAUGCGGUCAUGCCUCUGAAUGAGGAGUGUGGUCUUCUGGAAUGGGUCACGAACACGAAUGCGCUCAACAGUAUCCUCGAGAAGGGCUACGCCCGCUACGGCAAAAAGGUCUAUACCUCAGAGAUCUACAAUUCGCUGGAUCAGGCGCGGAAGGGCGGCAACCCCAUUCGCGAUGUGCCCAUGGUGUUCAGAGACAAGAUCUUGCCCAUGUUCAGACCGACAGUGUUCCACGAGUGGUUCCUGCUCGCUUGGCCAGAGCCGACAGCCUGGCUGACAGCCCGCACGAACUAUGCCCGCACGCUAGCUGUCAUGUCGAUGAUCGGCUACGUCCUCGGCCUAGGCGAUCGUCACGGCGAGAACAUUCUCUUCGAUGGCCUGACGGGCGACACAGUGCACGUCGACUUGAACUGCCUGUUCGACCGUGCGAAGACCUUUGAGAUUCCCGAGCGUGUCCCCUUCCGCCUCACGCACAAUAUGGUUGAUGCGCUGGGUGUGACGGGGGUUGAGGGUUCGUUCCGCAAGGCAGCCGAGAUCACCAUGGGUAUCCUUAGGCAGAACGGCGAUAGCCUCAUGAGCGUGCUCGAAGCGUUCAUCCACGACCCGCUCGUGGAGUGGACGAAGAAGAAGCAGCAAGACGUUCGCACAGUCUCGGACAAGAGCCUGAAGCCUAUCCACAAGAAAUUGCGCGGUGUCAGCGGAGACACGAUCCAGAGCGUUCCCAACCACGUCGAAAGCCUCAUCAAACAGGCUACCAGCGAUACCAAUCUCGGAUUGAUGUACGUCGGCUGGAAACCGUGGCUCUAA